AUGGCAUCUGGUGAAAACCAAGAAGAACAACCAUCUGAACAACCAUCUUCUACACUGUCUAAUAAUUCCGAAGCAGAGCUGCACAACAAAAAAGUAGCGGUUCAGGCUAUCCAGCUUCAGAAAGUUGCCAGACUCGACACCAUGGUCACCGUUGUCGAUGCAGCAGAAAUUUGGGAGGUUCUAGGCUCCGUAGAAACGCUUAGAGAUUCCAAGUGGUCUCAAAAAGAAGCUGCAACAAGUACAACAGACGACAGCAUAGAUUUGGAUCGAAGCAUCGUUGACUUGCUAGUGGACCAAAUCGAGUUCGCGAACGUGAUUUUGUUGAACAAGAAGGAUCUGCUGCUUGGCGGACGUGAUGGCGGAAGCAAGUCAUCAACCUCAACAACUACAGCUGUAUCAACAAAUUCUACAGCUAUAUCAACUACACCUGAAAAUAAGCCAAUGAGCGACAACCCGAGUGGUCCCACGAAUAGAGAUAGUUCUACCAGUUUUUCCACGUCUAGCCCUCCUAGCAGAAGCAGUGAUGGUGCAGAAGACCCUGCAGCUUCAUCACCGACAGAAACUGCUGUUGCCCCUACAUCAUCUGGAACGGCGACGUCUGCAACGACUGAAGCAAGUGUCUCUUCCGCCUCCAACACUGCGACUUCCACUUCAUCCCCGUCACAGCUAUCAAAAGUCCGCCUGAUCGAAAAUCUCAUCAAAAAACUCAACCCUCAAGCUCAAGUUCACUGGACAGAAUACGGCAAGAUUGCUCCAGAACUCAUUCUAGGAACCAAUCUCUUCGAUUUCGAAAGAGCCUCCACUAUGGCGGGAUGGCAAGCGGAGUUAGCAAAUAAUGGACAUCAUAUCCCCGAAACGGAGGAAUAUGGCAUAUCGAGCGUUGUCUUCCGCGCCAAGAGACCGUUUGUGCCCUCUAGACUGCAGAAGAUUCUGGAUGGUUUUGGUAGGGUGUCGGAUCACGUGGCUGAAGUGAUGAUUGCUGAUAAAAACAAGGUUGCUGAUCAUAAAAACAAGGUAGUUGUAGUAGAGUCUGAAUCUUCACCUACAACAGCAUCUUCAUCUUCUAAUACCCCUCAACCAGAAGCACCAGUAGUAGUCCCCGUAUCAAAAAAAAUGACCGAAGAAGAAAAAGAGAAGAUGCUUUUCAAAGGCGUCAUUCGUAGCAAGGGUCACAUUUGGUUAGCAAACUGCUCUGCGUAUCGGAUGGAGUGGCAUUCUGUGGGUAGACAAUUCGCUUUGAGACAGGGAUUGCCUUUUGAUGCGGCGAUAAGAGAGGCAGGGUAUGACCCGGAUGACCCUUUUGGAGAAGAAGCGGCAAGCAAGGAGAAGGAAGCUACAACUUCUAGUAUGACAGAGAAGGAGGACAAGAAGUCUGAAGUGAAUAAAGAUAAGGUGGAAGAAAAAGAAGUGGAGGUAGAUGGUAAAGAGAAGAAGAAACUGAAGACUUCUUCCGCAUCUGAAGGGGUGCCCAAUGGUUCUAGUUCCACGUGUACUUCUACAGAAAAAGCACGUGGAGUUUCAUCUCCUAGCAGUUCCGAUCCAGCAUCUUCAGCAUCUUCUUCCACCACAACCAAGACCAACGACCUUUCAGCAUCUUCUUCCACCACUUGUUCCACGACAAAUAGUACCAUCCACGACCCAGUCUGGGGCGACCGCGAAACUGAGCUCGUCAUCAUCGGCAUCGGACUCGAAAAAGAAAAGAUCACCAAAGCCCUCACCGCCGCUCUUGUUUCCGAGAAAGAAAUGAAGGCUGCUGCCAAGGAGAAACAGCGAUUCGAGACCUACAUCAAUAAGGUGAAAGAGGACCAGAGAACUGGCAAAUUGAAGAAGCCUCCGAGCGGGAGACAACUGUUGAAGGGGACUGGGGGUCUGCAGAGUCCAUGGGACAGAUUUCAUAGAUACAAAGACGUCUUUUUUGGUGGCAAAGCGCAUCGAGAGUACAUGGAGUUUGAACAGUGAGGUGACAACAACACUUCUGGUUAGGAGGUUGAAGUGAAUUUAACUAAACAGUCGUGACACUUCAUCUAAGGACGUUGAUGAACUUACCAUCAUCUGCAUGACAUUUAGAAGAAGUCUUAGCUUUUGUUCAGACUGACAUUUAUUAAUUUAGACACAUGAUCGUGAAUUAUUUUAGUUGUGAUCGACAUCGACUUAGUUACUAGUAGAUGUAGACGCUUGCUGUACAACUUGUUGAUCAUUGUGAUAGAUAUCCGAACACAAGCAGUCGAUAGAAACAAGAUGAGAGUGCUCGCGCACUUACUCUCCUUAAGACCUAAAAAUGUUCUCGAUGUUGUACUCUCCUCAAGCUCAACACCUAAUAUUCUCGAUGUCUACAACAAUUGAUUUAUAAAGAUUUCUCCCUCCAUAUUACGUGGUGUACCGAGUAUGUUCUUGGGAGAGUCUUUUCGUCAACAACUAAUAUUAUCGAUGUCUACAUUUGCUUGGGUGAUGACUUUAUUUCUCUAUACGACAGCUAGUAUGAUGGAGAAAGGCUGACUCUUCGUCAACAACUACUAUUCUCGAUGUCUCUAAUAUAACACAAAUUUGAUAGCCCCUUUCCAACUGAUCAUGUUGGUAAAGAAGUUGGCUCAACAACUAAUAUUCUCGAUGAUAUCACUAUCUAAAAAGUGGAAUUGACUGGUGUUUUCAGGUUUGUGCUUGUGCUCAGUAGUUCCUCUUCGGGACUACAGCUACCUAGCACAACAUGGCACCAAAUCAAGUCAACAACUAAUAUUCUCGAUGUCACCUAUGAAACAGAUUGACGGUGGUGCUCCCUCUUAUGAUGUAGCAAAGUUGCAGUAGUAGAGGCGUUCAUAGGCUGUACCAGAAUCUGUAUGUCAUUUUGUCCUCUCAGCAGGUAGAUCGUUUCAUAAAUUGAGUGGUAAAAUCAUGCCUUCCCU